GCAUCUGAGAAGUGUUAUCAUGCUAUUGAAUGAGUACUGUGGUUAAUUUAGUGGGUGAUAACACCGCAGCCUAUUCACCCGCCCACUCAUAUUGACAUGGCUAAUUAAUUUUGUUACAUAACAGCUCAAGGGACCUUUUGUUCCAUUAUCCCGGGCCUCCUAGCUAUGGCAGUAAACAAGCAGUCCAGAAGAGCAGAGAGCCUGUCCAUCACCAUCUCAAAUUCAGCAAAGAAGUACUCUGACUUCAGCCACACAGAACCACAAGUACAGCCAAACUUCUCUCUCUCUAUUCCUAUCGAGUUGCUGCAUCAUUGGUACAUGAACAAGAAGGCAGAAGAGACAUUCAUUAGCUUAGUUAAUAGCAUGGUAACAAUAGUUAAACUAGCACAAAGCGAUCGUCUGGAGAAAAGGCUUGCAGAACAAGCUAGCAAGGUAGCAAGAAGGAUACGGGGGCUAAAAGGAAGAAGGAGGUAUGCCGUACUUGCUGGAGAAUACAACCUCUUCGUGCUUGAUGGAGAAGCAGAAUCGUAUUCUGAAAUUGAGCAGCAACUAUCCACUGAAUCUCCACAGCCAACAACAAUCCCCGAAACAAGUAGACCUACCACAGCACACAUCAACAAAGGCAAAAAAGUUCACGAGGUAUCACCACGACAGGUAAAACGAAAGCUAGCACACUGUAAGAGCUCUGCAGAGCAAGCGCUUUGGUUUUGUGAAUCAUUCGGUCUUCAGCCAGAAUCUUUAGAGCUACGCAAACAGACAGGAUCUCCCAUCAAAUUCAAUUUUUUAUCUAGCCCAUCUCACAAGCCACAACAUCAAACGCCAGCUCUUUCACCAAACGAUUCUGCGAGGGUACAGCAAGCUCUUUAUGUACUUGACAGGUUUGCUGUGAGUGACGAAGCUUAUCAUGAAUUGAGCGUCGCAUCUGAUUUACCACCACUGUACCGAAUCAAGGAUGCUCGCCUCUCAAUUAACAACUCUCUCGACAUCCGACAUCUCGAAGGUCCUUAUCCUGGUGCUUAUAGACCACCGAAAGCUGCAAUCCAGGAAGAGCUAGCUAAGAUCGUUCAUUCAGGGAAAGCUAUCACCCAACCAGUAAAAGUAAAACUCAGUGGUGACGGAGCCAGAUUCACAAGAUCAUCCAAUAUCAUACUUCUCUCAUUUGCAUUUCCAGAAAUUCAAGACAAUGUUUUAUCAGGCAUGGGUAAGCUUAACAAUAAAAAUAUUAAACGAGAAAGUGGUGAAAAUAUUUUUAUAUUGACAUUCAUACAGGCAAUCAUACUUUUGCUGGCCUAA